CGUUUUUUUGGGCCAGAGCGCAUUUGACGGAACGUACCGAUGGACGCACGCGUAUUGUUGUGAUGAAAAGAAAUAUCAUGAUCCAUCAUCAUCCGUUCAAUUGUUCGAUACGAUAACUCUCGAAGAUUAGAGGAACGAAUACUCGAUGCCUUCGAUCUCCAUAGUUUCGCGUCUUUCCUUGACAAUUGUAUAUUUUCGCGGGAUUUUCUGAACUAACCUAAAAAUGUUACUACGUGUAAAUUCAUGCUAAUAGUUGUCAUAAUUACGUAUGUCAGAUAUGUGUUAAAGUAUUCCAUUAAUGCAUCCUAUUUUAUAUGAUUUUUUCAAAGUUUAAGUGGUUAUAGGAAAUUUUUGACAUCGCAAUGGCAGGAGAACAGCAGCAAUUUUUUCUCAAAUGGAAUGACUUCCAAUCUAAUAUGGUAUCAUCAUUUAAACAUUUACGAGAUGAGAAAAGUUUUACAGAUGUAACGUUAGCUUGUGACGGGCAAACAUGUAAAGCGCAUAAAAUGGUUUUAUCAGCUUGUAGUCCUUACUUUAAAUCCCUUUUAGAGGAAAAUCCGUCCAAACAUCCUAUCAUUAUUUUAAAAGAUGUUGCUUACGGUCAUCUGCAAGCAAUUUUAGAAUUUAUGUAUGCUGGCGAAGUAAAUGUUUCGCAAGAUCAACUAUCAGCCUUUCUUAAGACUGCGGAUCGACUCAAAGUUAAAGGCUUAGCUGAAGCGCCAGGUGCUAUUAAAAGGGAAGGUUAAAAAAUUUGUGGUCUUUGGAAAGCGUGCAGACUGAAAAAAAAAGAAAAGAAAAACUGUAAUAAUGUAAAGUGAUUGCGCAAACACAUACCGUACACAUAUACAGACACAAUACAGUGCACAACUCAGUGUCCUCUGGUUCAUGAUUAGGAUCAACGCAUUGCAAAAAUGUAAAUUAUACCUUUUCUUAUCUUUGAUUAAUGUUAUCGUUAACAUUGGAUGUAGAUGUAUUAGUAUAUGCAAAAUGUUGAUGCUCAUCUUGAACCCAAUGUGCCACAGUGUUGCGACAACAUUGAUUAUUUU